AUGGAGAGUAGGGCGACGAUGUGCUGUCCAAUCAGGGAGAAUAUCGAUCAACCAGGCCGGAUCAUAGGAGGGGAAGACACAAAACCAGGGGAUUAUCCCUGGAUGGCAGCUCUUCUCAACGUGUCAAACACCAGGAGACCUUUCUGCGGCGGGUCUCUCAUAUCCCCACGUCACGUUCUCACUGCUGGCCACUGCGUUCAUCAAAAAGGAGUUCAACUAAAGACGAGUUCUUUUCUGAUCCGGAUCGGAGAGCACAACUUUGAGUCUAUUUCAGAGACAGAACAUCAAGAUUUUUCCAUCAAACAAAUCCACAUUCAUCCCAAUUACGAGGAAUUGAACAGGGACAUCCAUAAUGAUCUGGCAAUCAUCGAACUAUAUGGACCAUACGAGGCCAAACCAAAGGCUGUCUACCUUCCCAACGAACCAGGGAAUUUUGAGGGUAGCAGCGCCUAUGUCAUUGGUUGGGGGUUGACCCAAACAACAACCGAGAUCCAGCCUCCCGUCCUCCAACAAGUUCUUGUCCAUGUUUAUUCGCAAGAAGUUUGCCGGAAGAAUUAUCCAUGCAUCACGAAUACUCAUCUGUGUGCAGGACAUGAGAAAGGAAGGAAGGACUCUUGCCAGGGAGACUCCGGAGGACCCUUGUUUGUCGUCGGCCAAGAAGGGAAAUGGGUCCAAGUUGGGAUCGUGUCUUAUGGAUACGGCUGCGCGGAGCCCGAAUUUCCUGGUGUCUACGCAAAUGUCUCCUCCCACUUUCCGCUGGGGAGCGAGAACGGAACUGACGUCCAGAAGCGGGACUAUCGGAAGUUUGCCGAGCCAUUCCAACUGAUCAAUGGCGAACUCAAUCACCAGUCAAAGAAGUGUGCUCAACCGAAGAAGGUGAUCCUCGGGAAAGAAGAAAGGAAUCGCGUAUUGGAUCUCUACCAUCGUGGAAUUGGUGGUGGGCACUUCGGAAUGAACGCGACUCUUCGCAAGCUUGAGAAGUAUUGGUGGAAGAACAUGACUUCCGACGUGAAGAGGUUUUGUUCGUCCUGCAUUGUUUGCCAAAAGGCCAAUCCCAUGAACAAUCCAGCACCUGCAAAGUUACAUCCAGUAAAGAUUUUCUCUCGCCUCUUCCACCGUUGGGGCGUUGAUCUGGGUGGCCCACUCAACGAGUCAAAGCAGGGAAAUUCUUACCUCUGGCUCACUGAGAGAUACAAUCAGACAUUAAUUGCGAAGUUGACUGCCCACAUGACUGACCGAGGUGAUGAUUGGGAGACACACCUAAGGAGCGUCAUGAUAGGGUAUAGGUGGAAGGUGCAAUGCUCCUCCAAAUUUUCUCCGUUCGAGCUCAUGUUCGGGGUGGAACCGCGUUUCCCCUACGAGCUCGACAGUCCCAUCACCUCAGAAGACCUUGCCGAUCCAAUCUGGACUGAGGAGACUGGAGAAGAGAUUGAGAAGAGGAUGGGAGAAAUUGAGCUUCGACUAAAGAAUAGGAGGCAAGAAGGUCUGCAAAACCUGGAGAAAGCUCAAGAAAAACAGAAGGACGCCUACGACCUGAAGAGGUCGGGACCUGCAUACAAUGUUGGAGACAAGGUUCUGAAGCGGAACGCGAGGAAGGACACGCGCAUGGGAGGAAAAUUGGAAGAGAGGUAA